AUGAAUAAUAAUUAAUUAACUCCAACAUAAACUAAUAUCCUUGAUCAAGUUUGUAGUUUUACGUAAAAGAGUAAAGAAUAAGCAAUAAUCGUUUUAUAAGAAAAUAAUUGGGAUUCUCAAUUAGCUAUUGAUUUUUUGCUUAGUGCAGGUGAUUAUAUUCCUGUAUCUAAGCACUAUUUAUCAACUAAUUAGCAAUCUUAAUCUUCAUUCAUUAAUUAAUAUUAAGAAAGGUCACAUUAUUAAAUUUAGAAUUUAGAUAUCCCAUUACAAAUAUAAUAAGCUAAUCAAAUUUCAGGUUUAAAUAAAGAAUAAAGUAACUAAAGCGAAAUUAGAAAAAAUUAAUAGUCUUAACAGAAAUCAAUAAAUAAUGAUGUUUUAGAAAUAGAAAAACAAUUAAAAUUAAUACAUAAUCUAGAAUAGGAAACUAAUCAAAUAAUAGAAGAAAAAAAUGAAAUGUUUAAAAAGUCUUUAAAAUAAAUUUAAGUUGAUAAUUAAAAUAGAAUCUAUUAAUUACCAGUUGGCCUAGUUAAUAUUGGUAAGAAAAGCUAUUUCAAUUGUAUUUUGUAAAUUUUGGCUUAAAACCCCGCUUUCUUAGAGAGAAUAUUAAGUAUUAAAACAGAAUAACAAACUGUGGUGUAAUAAGAAAAACAUGUAAAAAAUUAGUUUUUAAUAUAGAUUUUAUUUAUAAAAGAAUUAUAAAUAAUUUUAAGAUAGUUAAUUUUCACAAAAAAAAGAUUUUUAAAUCAUUAAAAUUUUAUUUAAAAUGCUAUUGAGUUGAUUGAAACGUAAACAAAUACCAAAAUUUCUGAUGAACAUUUACAAUCAUCAUCAUUAUUUUAAAUUUUUAUAAAAACUUUAGAUGUUAUUUUAGGUAAAUAUGGAUAUGAUGAAAAUGAAAAUAAAAAGCUUUAAGACUUAAUUUUAUCUGCUUAGUUUUAAUUUAUUUAAUAGAAUGUUUCAAUAAAUUAUGAAAUCAAUUUAAAUAUUGAAAGAGAAGAUAGAUUUAUAUAUUUAUCUCUACUUAAAAUUGUUUUCAAAGAUUAAUUCAAUAAGUUUGAUCUACUUCCAAAAACAUUUGGUUUAAACUUAAAAUCUAUGAAUGAUAAUUAAUAAAAUUAUAAGAAAGAAUAAAUGUAUGACUAUUGGUUUCCUUCAAGAAUGAAUUUAGAAUUUUUAGUUAACGAUGGAUUAUUCUUAUAAUUAAGAAGUUCUUUGCUAAGUUUUGUAUAAGAUGAAAAAAUAAAAAAUAUCAAUGAAAGUAAUGUAAAUUAAAUAUGUCUAAGAGUUAAAACUAUUUAAUUCCUUGAUUAUAGUAGAAUAGAGUUAUCAAUAGGGUAAGAUAAGUGAAAUAAAUAUUAUUGAGUAAAUGAAACUAUUGAGAAAGAAUAUAUAAGAAGAGAUCGAUAAAUAUUUUUUAGAGAAUAAUGGAAUAGUUAAUGGUGAAUAAAAUAAUAAUAGUUAUUUGUAUUAUAUACAUGCAAUAAUAAUUGAAAUAAGUUAAAAUAAUCAAAAACAUUUUUAUGUUUAUAUUUACAAUUUUCAUUUAAAUUAAUGGUAUAGAUUUAAUGAUACAGAUAUAAGAGAGGAAUCAGAUGAAAUAGUGAAAAAAGAUGCAUUAAAAAAUGGAUGUUUUUUAGUUUAUGUUAGUCAAAAUCAAAUGGAGAGUAUAAAACAUAAUCAAUAACAAUAAAUUGAAAUUUCAGCAAUUUUAAAUGAAGAUUAAGGAAAUAUUAAUUGGUAGGCUCUAGAAACUAAAUAAUUAAUUAAACCUUAAAUAUCAAAAGAGAUGAAAAUAGAAAUCUAAAGAGAAAAUGAUCACUUUUAAAAAUAAAUUAAUGAAUAAUGA